AUGCCGCCACGCUGCCCCUCUGCUCGCCUCGCCAUCGCCGCUGUUGCCCCUGCCCCACCCCCGAGCGCGCCCUGCCUCGCCGUCAUCGCCGGCCGCCCGUCCGCCGCCCCCGAGCACCCCCUGCGCUGCCGAGCCCGUCCGCCUCCCCCGAGCACCCUCUACACCUCGCCGUCGCCGCCCCUGCCCCUGCCCCGCCCUCGAGCGCGCCCUACCUCACCGUCGUCGCCGGCCGCCCGUCCGCCGCCCCAGAGCACCCCCUGCGCCCUCGAGCCCGUCCGCUGCCCUCGAGCGCGCCCCGCCGUCGCCCUCACCCUCGCCGACCCCGAGGCCGUCCUCGUCGCCGUCGCCCCCGACGCCGGCCGCCCGCGUCUCCUCCCCGAUCCCUCCGGGGGAGCCGGCAACUCCGCCCUCAACAACGCAGAGGAACCCCCAGACCCCCCACCCAGAGAAGAGAAGGCGGCGAGGAAGAAGAAGAGCGCGGAGAAGGCGGCGGCUUUGGAGUGGGCGAGGAAGAUGUUGGAAGACGCGAGUGUCAAUGACGGAGAAUGUUGGGAGCCGAGGGCGAUGACCGAGGAAGACGUCGCGGCAGCGGCCGUGUACAGAGCCAAGGCGGAGGAGGCGCGCAGGAGCCAUGAGCGAAGGGAGCAGCACGACGCCGUGACCAGGUGGAUCGCCACGGGAGACCCCGAGGCCGUCCAGCGCUGCAACCAGUGGAUGGAGCAGGACAUUGAGGCCAUGAGGCUCAAGGACAUCGCCCCACCGAGGAUCUGUCGGACUGGGAGGCCGUCGAAGCCAAGAGGCAUCGAGAAUUCUGGGAGUUUCUAUGGGCCGACUCCUUCGGCUCCUGGGAGGACACCACACCUAUCCUGCCCAUGCGUUACACGGACGAGAAGCCUCCGCGCGGUACGGCCUACCCCGUGCGAACUCUGCAGGUCUUUUCGGUCAGCGUUGCAGCCAUCAAAGGUGGAUUGGACUGGCCUCUGGAUGUGUAUGGUGUCGUCGCCGCACGCGACUCGUUGGAUCACAAUCGCAACAUUAUCUUCCACCGCACUAGGGAUAACUGCCAAACCAUUGACAAGAAGAAUCCAUGUCUGAGACGGACAGGUCCUACCCGCGCUGUUGUUGUUGUGGAUCCUGUGUACUUUGAGGUUAACUUGCGAGUAAAGGGCAAAACUGAAUCUGGGGAUAGAGAUUUGAGCUAUCUGGCUGUUUAUUAUCGUGAUUCUGGCUCUAGCGAAUCGUACGCGUUUAAAAAUGUCAGCACUAGCAAGCUUAGCACAGUGGCAUUGAUGUUGGGUGAUAUUGUUCAUUCAGUGGAGGCCACCAUCAGUGUGAGAGUGGUUCGUGGGGAAUGGUCGGAAGGUUGUAGAGGUCUAAUUUUUGCCAAUACCGCCAGUAUCGACGCCCAAAAAAUUGAGUUGCUUGCGUUCGGAGAUGAUAAGUUGCCUGUUGUAGCUAAUGGCACGAUAAAGCUUUCACGGUGUGUUGUAUCUGUUGAAGCUGAUGGAGAGUUGAGAGUCUGUGUCAUGGCAAGUAGCCUGGAGGAUCAAACUGUUGAGAGAGAUUCAGAAGCAUUCAAAGCCAAGAAAGCCUCCAGGAGCAGGUGAAUACUUGAAGUUCACUCUUGUAAGUUGGAAGUCACCAUCGCAUGGUCUUUUGUCCCGAACUAGCAAAGACUGUCUGGGUUUUGUUGCUGGAUGAUUGUUAUUGCCCUACUGAUGGCCUCUGGUUUAUCUCAAAGUGGUACCUGUGUGUUGGAUGUUAGUUGUAUCCUGGUUAGAUGUGUCUUGACUAGUAUAUGUAGUGUGGGCAAGCUAAGAUAUUUGACUAUGUAAUGUAGUGUCCUAGUUAAAUUUGUCUUGACUAGUAUGUAAUGUGGGCAAGCCAAGAUAUAUUUGACAUGUAAUGUGGACAAAUUAAGAUAUGUAUUUGACUAUGUAAUGUGGACAAAUUAAGAUAUGUAUUUGACUA